GUUCUUUUACUCCAUGGAAGAAACACAACUAUCUAAUGACUUUAAUUUUACAUCAAAAACUAUCACAACUGAAGUUGUAGAUGAAUAUGGCAGUUCAAUCGUUUCAACUAUUAAAACAAAAAAACGUCGUUCUGGAAAAUAUUGUUUACAUUAUUUAAAAAUAAUCCUCAAAAAUAUUGGCUUAACACUAUUAUUAAUUGCAUACCUAUGUGCUGGAGGUUUUAUAUUUCGUUCACUUGAAAUAUACAAUGAAGCGCAAGAUUGUUUUCAACGUCAGAGUAGUUAUUUGAAGAAACUCAAUUCAACUACACUCAGGGUCAUUGGCACGAUAAAAUCAAUUGAUUCUGGUAAUGUGGAUAAUACACAGACAUUAGAUGAAGUUAUUCUGAGUAUACUCAAUGAUUAUGCAAAUGAUUUAUUUGCGUUAGACGUGAAACCGUCAACAAAUUGUACAGCUAUAUUGGAUACACCAGAUGGUUCAAAAUGGAAUUUAGUUAAUUCAAUAUUUUUCUGUGUAACGGUUAUAACAACUAUAGGCUAUGGACAUAUUGCACCAGUUACAUUUUGGGGCCGAAUAACCUGCAUUAUUUAUGCUAUCAUUGGUAUACCAUUAAUGCUGAUCUAUCUAGCUAUUAUUGGUAAUUUACUUGCACAAGGAUUUCGUUUGAUCUUCUUAAAUUUGGUUUGUUGUCGAUGUUUCUAUGACAUAAUAAGACGUAAACGUGAACGACGUAGAAAACGUAUGCGUCAGUGGGAAGAAAGUCUUCGUGAACAUGAAGAAGAAGAGGCUAGACGAAGAGGAUUACCAUUACCUCCGAAAAAGGUUCAGUCAAAUACCCAAGAUGAUUAUGAUGACGAUUAUGAAAGUGAUGACGAGGAUGAGAACGCUGAAGAGGAAAAACUACAUGUUCCAUUGACAGUCAGUGUUAUUGUCCUAUCUAUAUAUACAUUAAUUGGUGCUGUGAUAUUUCCAGCAUGGGAAGAUUGGUCAACAGCUAAUGCUGCUUACUUCUCAUUUAUUACAAUAUCAACAAUUGGAUUCGGUGAUUUAGUUCCAGGGAAUGGAAGAUUCACUGAGCCUAAAACUGCAACUGAACUACUUGUUGGUGGUUUAUAUUUACUAUUUGGAUUAGCUUUAUUAUCAAUGUGUUUAAAUUUAAUGAAAGAUGAAAUUAUCGCCAAAGUUCAUUAUAUUUGUACUUGUAUUGGUUUGAAAAACAAUAUAGCACACAAUGAUGGUGAUGAAAAUCAUUUAAACAAUAUUAAUCAACAAUUAUUUAAUCAACUUGUAAAACAAAAAGAAUCAUCUACAAUCAUAACACAUAAUAAUAAAAAUAAUGAACAGCUGAACAAAGAAACAACACAAUUAAUAACCACAACAAGAAAGACCGAACAAUCUGAUAAUUAUCAAACAAAGGAAUAUGAUAAUGAAGCAUUUCAGAAAGACAGAUAAGUCAGCUUUUUAAAUAAAAAAUUUUAAAAAGUAACUAAACAAGUGGGUAAAGAAGUUUAUUCAGUGAUUUCCUUAUUUUUAUCAGGGAAAAUCUAAUCAUAUGCUAUUUGAAAAAUAAACCCUAUUGACCGAUACAUAUUUAAACAAACUAUAUACAUGAUAACAAGUUCUCUUUAUGAAUUGAUUACUGUUAAUUGUUGUUUUGGCUUUACUCACAUUCGCAAAGAAAGAAAAGAUUGUGUGAAAACGCUACGUACAAACAUAAUAUUAUUUUUCUUCAAUGUUUUUUUACAGAUUAAUCAUGAAAGUGUUGUUGUUAUCGUCUAAAGUUAUUUUGUCGCAUGCUUCAGUUUUGUGUUUGUU